UGCCCCCGGGACGGAGGCGGCGCCUUCCCCUCCCGGCUGCUGCAGGAGCGCGGGCCGCCGCGCCGGCGGCGACAUCUUGCUGGGCAGGAAAGCGCGGGGAGAGCGGGCAGCUGCGCCGCGCGCUCCGAGCACCGGCCGGUGCCGCGAGGCCCCGGGGCGCACGAAGCAGGCGGCGGCGCGGCGUGGAACGGCGGGCACUCGGGGCCGGCGGGCGGCACCAUGUCCCCGGGGAGCGGCGUGAAGAGCGAGUACAUGAAGCGCUACCAGGAGCCGCGCUGGGACGAGUACGGGCCGUGCUACCGCGCGCUGCGCCACUACCGCCUGGGCCGCCGGCUGCUGGAGCAGGCGCACGCGCCCUGGCUCUGGGACGACUGGGGCCCGGCCGGCGCCUCGGACGACUCGGCGUCGUCGGCGUCGUCGGGCACCGGGGCCCCCGCGCCCAAGUGCAUCGCGGCCUCGCCGCCGCCGCCGCCCGCGGAGCCCGCGGAGCGCCAGGGGCCGGAGCAGCGGGCGCGCGCGGCCCCGGAGGAGCAGGGCGCCGAGGCCGCGGGGGACGCGGAGGACGCGGAGGACGCGGCGCUGCCAGCAUUGCCAGUGAAAGACAUAAAAGAAAAACCUGAACGACAGAUCAGGACAAGAGAGCCUGACAAAUUACCCAGCAGUACUGAACCUCAACAACCACCAAGUGCCUUACCUGCCAGAGGAAGCAGGAGAGCAGUCAAGAGUCCUCAGAGGUCAUCAACUAAAAUAAAAGAACACAAGCAUCCAUUUGCCCUUUAUGGGUGGGGAGAAAAACAGAUGGAUACAGGAAGCCAAAAAACUCACAACGUCUGUGCUUCUGCCCCAGUGCACGAGAUCCAUGAAUCGGCGUUGCGAGCCAAGAGCAGAAGGCAGGUGGAGAAGAGGCGGCUGGCGGCUCAGAGGCAGCGGGCUCACUCCGCCGAUGUGGAAAAGAACCGGCGGGUCAAGCCUGCCUCCUCGGAGAACCCGUGGAUGACGGAGUAUAUGAGAUGCUACUCCGCCCGAGCUUGAGGGGAGG